CUCCGAUAGUAAAGUCGUCAUUCUUGCCGCCUGUGUUCGGAGCUGGUCGAAAUCAUUGAAGGACAUUUGGAGUGCCUGACCUUGUGAUCACACUAAUUAUCUGGGAUUUUAUAACAGUAGCCCCUGGUACAAACUACACUGCGGUCCGCGAAAUCGAAGAUUUCAUUUGUGGAAUGGGAGUUAGCAUGUAAUCAUUACUUGAUUGAAGGAUACUGUGGCGUAUGCCAGUGUUUUGAAGCAGACUAUCAGAGGCAUUGAGCAGACAAAUACAACACAACUGGCCUCUCCAGAAAUCCCUUGUUGACGCGCCUAAUCGCUCGGACCAAAAGCGUCAGUUCUGUGGAAGAUCUGUUAAGUCAACGCUAUUCAGAUGGCUGUUGCUCAAACCACUCGCGUAUUUACAUACAUUGAUCUUCCGUGCAGUCCGUACACCCAGGGUUAUAUGUGAUGUUUCCUGGCGAAUGUUUUGGAGUGAGUUGCCAGAGCUCAGAGGAAUCCAGGUGAAUGGACAGUUGACCGAUAAUGCCUCAUCAUCUGUGAAGAGUGUCUGAAACCAUAUUAUUGUGGAAGCGUGCUGAGAUACCCUCAUGGUUUUCCUAUCCAGUGUUUGUAUAUGGGAUUGAGAAAGUAACUUGUUAUCAUUGACACUGCAGCUAUUCCAAGGCUGGUGGAUACGUCGUGCAUUGACGUCACACACAGAUAUCAAAACAUGGUGUCGUCAAUACAUAACUGUAUACCAGCGUUCUCCACACCAUAGACUCUGGAUACGGGGACACACUCUGUAUACAAAUGCCUCACCAGUCUGAUUACCUUACAGAGGUCAGAUGUUAAGAAUUUAUUCGUGCAACCCAUGUCUGGGAAAACUGACCAAUGCGAGUAUUCGUGAAUUGUGUACACCUACGCAUGAUUUCCACCUGUCUUAGCUGAGUAUUCAUAUUUCAUUUUCUACUCCAGUGUUGAGAAUUUCUGAUUUGUUCAGAUCCAAGAAGAAAGGUGGUUCCAUAUGAGGGUGAUGUACAGUGAAUACUUACCUCCUCUUCCGAAGUGCCAUAUGUAGAACGGUGGCAAACGGUGAGCGCUGCUACUACUGCCGUUACACAUUUAUUGUUCUUGCUUGAGGAACGCUUCUCAAUCCCCAGCAUUGAUCGGCGUUCAGAACUGACUAUUAAACUGACUAAGAUAUACUUCAAGUUGUAAAGGACUGAAAUUGAAGUCACAGGUUACACACUCUCACAACAGCAAGUUGCACAAUCGCCGGAGAACCGUUUCCUUCCUUGAACUGUAUUUAUUAAAUCUCCCGUACAGCCAGUAUGUUUCGACGGUCUUACAGCCCAAGUGGAAGAUCAAUUAUGGAGACGGAAUUCGAUACGGAGGAUACUGAAACAAACGUUGAAAGUGUAAAGGCCAAUCUUGGCGUUCUCCGACGCGCGUUUUCAUCCAUAAGAAAGAAGAAGAAAAAACAAACUGAUGUUGCUACCGGGUCGUUGAGAAUAAGCGUCCACCAACCCGACACCCCUCCCAGAUCGGGCGUGUCAAGAGAGUCAGCCUAUUUCUGCAGUUCCCCUGCCUCAGAUCUUGCUGCCCGACGAGGUGUCUUCAGUCGGCGCCAUUACGGUUCUGUGGAAUUGCUCACAUCUGUUGAUUCUGAUGGCUCUACACAAAAUGCCGGUCGGUUUCGUGUGGAAUCCGGGGAACGAGAUGUCGAGGACACGCACCAUCUAGGGCUAUCGAGCCCUCUCAACAGCCCAAUUCAUCUAGAAAACCCCGAAUACCAGACAAGAUGGUACUUCAAGUACUUCUUAGGGAAAUUACAUCAGAACUACGUCGGCGUGGAUUUGGAGAAGGAGCUGUUCCUGUUGUCCGUCAUCGUCACCGACGCCAACAACCACAACGUCCCGCAGUACAGAGCCAUAUUGUGGAGGAAAACUGGUGCUAAGAAACUCGCAUUGCCUUAUAACCCAGGGAAGCCACAAACAGUCAAAGGAAUUUUGAGUCACUUCGACUUACACAAAUGAAAAGGACCAAAGGAAAUAUUUGAUCCAAACAUUCAGAAGGAGCUUUUAGUACUCGAAGAACAAGAGGGAUCCGUUAACUUCAAGAUCGGAGUGUUGUAUGUGCGUGAGGGGCAGACUACUGACGAUGAAUUCUACAGUAAUGAGGAAGGGAGUGACUCCUUUGAAAAUUUUAUAAGUCUUCUUGGUGACAGAAUAUCCUUGAAAGGAUGGGAGAAAUUCAAGGCGGGUUUAGACGUGAAAUCCGAUACAACCGGUGAAGAAAGUGUUUAUACAAUAUAUGAAGGGCAUGAAAUCAUGUUUCAUAUAUCUACAAUGCUGCCUUAUUCCAAAGACAACAAACAACAGGUGGAACGGAAACGCCAUGUAGGAAAUGAUAUUGUAAAUAUCGUGUUUAUAGACGGAGAUGUGGAUAAAGUUCCCAGUUUUAAGCCUUCCAUGAUGAAAACAAGAUUCACACAUAUCUUUGCUGUUGUGAUGUACAAUAAAGACAACGAUAGUUACAGACUAACGGUAUUUUCGGAGGAAUCCGUUCCUCUGUUCGGUCCUCCCCUUCCUUCUCCCCCUGUCUUCUACAACCACCAGGAGUUCAGAGAUUUCCUCCUCGUGAAAUUGAUAAACGGAGAAAAGGCUGCCGUGAAUAACCCACUGUUUGCUCAAAAGAGGGAGAGGACGCUGGAGAUGCUGAUACGGAACCUGUACCAGGAUUACAUGUCCGAGUCAAACAAGAACAAUAUGCUGUAUCGACGGGCGUUCAGUGACGUCAUUCAGGACGUCCACGGCUCGCGCCGGAAGGAGGACGCACGCAGAGCUGAAUUCGUGCUUGUUGGUCAAGGUCUGAAAGUGAAAACAAUCGAGAAAGGUGAUGCUCCCACGAGCCUCAUCACUUCCGGUUUGUCCAGUCUACUACGGCGAGAGCCCUGGGACCCCCAAAAGUGUUACAGCGAGUUUGCUCAUCACAUCGUCUGUGGGGAUUCGUGGGGUGACAAGUUGAUCAUCUCCACGGAAUCCGGAAUCAUGGUGCUCGAGGAGGGGCUUCAACCACGCACCAUCUUUGAGAAGACCGUGUCAGUCCGGCAACUGAGUGUUGUAGAGGCUCAUGGGCUUCUCAUCAUGAGGACUGAAAAAGGCAAAGACGGAAAAAUCAACGUUUUUCGUCUGACGGAUUUUGAGGGUGAACAGAACGAAUCCAUCACGCGCACGAAGUCUGAAUGUCGUGAACACAAACUGGAGAGAACAAAAGGGUGCCAUCUUUACUCGCUCAGCAAGCCCGGGGGUAGUCAUCUCCGAAUGGUGGUUGCAGUUGCCAAGCGACUGUUAGUAUUUCACUGGAAGCACUCUGCUGCCUGGUCCGCCUGGUGUCCUUCCGUCGACCUUGACACUAUAGAUGGUUUCACCUUCAUCAGGGAAUUACAAGCCUUUGAAGUUUCCAGCAUGAUAACGCUGAUUGACGGCAUGAAGGGAGAUAACCACAUCUGUAUCGGAUACAAGAACCAGUAUGAUCUGAUCAAUGAGAAGAAUGGAGACACCUUGCAGCUGUAUCACGUGGAAUCCAACAAGGUGAAUUUAGUUGCGGCGAUUGACAUCUACGAGGAUGAUGAAGCUGAACUCAUCUUAUGUUACAACCAUGUCAGCCACUUCCAGAAACUGAAGGAAGAACAGUGUCAUGAUUUCGACUUCCACUGGAAUUCAGAGCCCCUCUCUAUAGUUUGUGCCUUUCCGUAUAUAAUGGCCUUCACUCCCGACACUAUUGAAAUUCGCCUCAUCAUCAACGGAAAUCUCGUUCAUACCAUGACCAUGCCGGACCUCACGCUCAUUACAUCAAAGUGUGAUAUCUACUUUGCCUCCUCGGCGGCUAUGACGAAUACACCGACUGAGAAGUGUAGAGAGAAGGAGAAUUCCUUCUCCCCUCCUCCUUCUCCUUCCUCGAAAACCGGCCCUGCGAUGAACAUCUAUAAAAUCCCGCUGACCUGUCUGGCUGGACAGAUGACCACUGACCGGGUAGUGACCGCCACGACAACACCUCAACAAUCCACACUACUGGCCCCCAUCGUCAGCAAUGGGGAACGUUCUCCUGGCAUACCCAAACGAAGUCCGCUUAUACGAACGAAACGACAGCAUUCAAGUCUACCGUCGGAGAAAGAGAAGGACCGCCAUGACUCGUCCAGCUCAGACUCGGGGAUCACCAUCUUGCGGGCUAGUGAGUUUAGUCCACCUUCAAGUCCCUUUGCCUGUGCCCACACUUCCGUGGACUACUCCGAGCCUGAAACGGACCUGCUGUGAGAGGACAUUGACAUCGUGUCAUGUAUAUAGACAUGGGAGUGCCCGACAGCUGGCGAUACCAAGGACGGACAUGUACAACACAAGCUGGAAAUGUACACGGUGUCAAAUGAAAUGUACAGCGCAGUGUCAGAAACGUAUGUCUGUGUCAGUUUGCAUGUGAAAGCAUGUACAUGACAUGCGCGUGUCUGUGAAAGAGGGUGAUACAUGAAUGAAAUGCUGUUUGAGGAUUUAUUAACAAGGGAAACGGUUCAUUCUCAUCUUCAUGUAACAUGCUGAAAUAACACGUUGUGAUUCUUGGUUCAGAACUGUAAUGUUCCUACUCGGAUACAGAUUAAACAAAUUCGUUAAGCCAAAGCAAUGCAAAGAUGUGAAACAUGGCAGUUGAACGUCUCCGGAGAACGUGUCGAUUUGAAGGGCAUGAGAUGUUCUUUUCUGGAGCAAGACAAUGAUUUGCAGGGCAUGAGAUGUGCCUCUCUGGAGCAAGGCAAUGAUUUGAAGGACCGAGAUGUGUCUUUAUGGCACACUCCAAUGAUUUGAUAAGGUAUGAAAUGUGCUUCUCUUGAGCACGUUAUAGAUUUGAAGGGCAUGAGAUGUAUUUCUCUGGAUCAAGAGAGUGAUUUGAAGGGAGUGACGAAUACUUCUGUGGAGCACGACAAUGAUUCUCUUGAGGAAGUUUAUGUUUUGAAAAGACACGAGAUGAGCAAGUUAUUGAUUUGAAGGGUAUGAGAUCUGCUUCUUUGGAGCAAAAUGCUUAUCUUAACAGCACGAGGUACGCUUCUCUGAGUUAAAGCACACAUGAGAAUGAUACAUGAGUGAUCUCUGGUCAUCUAAGAUGAGGCACUGAUAAGGAAUGAUGUCUCUGAGACAUGGCAACAAGUUACCCAGGAGAACGGCAAACACCAACAUGACAUUUGAUCUUUCCUUACUUACAGAUACAGAAAGUCUUCUUGUGCGUGAUGUACAUGAACGAAUUGUUGGUGAUGUGAUUGCCUGUUGUAUGGACGUGAAAUCUGCUACCAUCUUCCACAACUCGAGAUAACUCUUUGACGAUCACCUGGACCAAAGGUGCAUAAAUUCACACAAUGGAAAUCCGAUUCCUUAACUCCUGGAAAGCACACCCCGUAUAUCGGAAUACAUGUAACAAUGUGUUACUUCAUACCUACAUUCGUUAAUCCGUGAAUGUGCUCAUUUGGACGAUCUCAGAAGGAAAGAUAUCGUCAGGGUUCGUUGUGAUUUGUGGUGAAGGAUAUAUGGAUAUUUCUCUGCUGAGACCAUUAGUUCUCAUGUACCAUCAUGCCAUCAAACCAAAUAGUGGCUACGAAGAAGACAUUUGACUUGAUGGAUAACUGCCGUUUCUGCAAUGGGUUGAAAUAAGCAAGUGUCUACGAUUUUGUGUGAUGGAAAGACUGACGAACUCCUACAAAAACAAUGUGCAUCUUGAAUAACAUUCCACGAGUUAUCAUCACAGAAAAACAAAACUUCUGACAGCAAUGAAACUAUCAGUCUCCAUUCAUAAUGAUAAUUAUCUGAGGAAGCCUGGAGCGUUACACCAGUAUUUCUUUUAUUCCAGUUACAUUAUAUAUUUUGACCAAUGUACAAAUGGCUGUAUUUUGAAAUUAACCGUUCCCAGGUGGCAUUGAUAUUUCAAAUGUUAGUUACUGAAUACCUAACUUAUGUUGAUAGAUAGCCUUUGGUGAUGGUAUAUAUUACAGGCUGGUAAUGAAUCACUGUUACAUCAUUUAUAUAUCUUAGUGCUAUGGUUACUACUGCAACUACUACUCCUUCUACUGCUGCUGCUAAUACUUCUACUGCCAUAACCACCACCACCACUACUACUACUACUACUACUACUACUACUACUACUACUACUACUACUACUACAAAUACUACUACCAUCUCAUACACUUCUGUAUAUCAUUUUUUAAAUUUUUUUAUUCAACAGUCAUUAUUGUAAACCAAACACAGAGAAGUCAAACACUGUUUCCUGGCCGCAUGGUUACCCUUUUAGGAGAGUCUGCUGAAUAACCUGUUUACAACGUGUGGUUAUUUAGCGCUCCUGGACUUAUUGGUGUCAGUGAGAUCAUAAGGCAUACAUCACAGUGCAAUAUAUGUCAUGAACCAUAGCUUAGCUUCCGUUACGCCAGUGUUGUAAUGCGAGUAUUGUCUCGCUGAAAUCUAUAUAUUAAAUCACUGAAAUCUACAUUUCGAUGAGUGAAAUCUACAUCUUACUCACUGAAAUCUACACUUUACGCCCCGAGAUCUAUAUUUUCAUUUUCGACAUAAAUGUUCACUUCCUGGAUAUACGGUCUGACCCUUGGGCCAACGAAUGUCACGCCCUACCCGUAAUACACACACAUGCACACGCUGACGCGUACACACACACAAGAAAGGAUCACAUGGCCAAAAUUGAAUAAGAAUGCAUAUAUCUGUGUAUUAUAUGAACUCGUAUGUCUAACCUAACGCGGCCCUGCUUCUAGUCUAUCAGUACAAUCUGUUGGCCGACCAGAGGCUAAUACCUACCCGUUCAUUGACAAAUUUAUCUGUGAAUGUUUACUUACUGAUGUGACAGACUCACAUGUUCACCUUUGACAUUUCUCACUAAAAUUACCAACAAUUGUCAUCUACUGUAUUAUAUCGUCAUGAUGUCAUUAUAAAUACCUUGAACGAAUACCUAGAAUACAGCUUCAUUUUUGUGAAAUUUUAAAGGAAGUGGCGCUAAAAAAAAGCUGUCCAAUCUUUAAAUUCAUUUGCCAGAGAAUUUUUUUGUGAAGGGAAAUUGAGAUUUGACGUCAUGUCCCGAAAAAACCUGCAGCCAGCGGGACCAGAGUAUAUGUCAUACUGGAGUGGAGGUGUGUUGUAAGUCGUACAUCAAUUAGGUGUUUGAUAUACUGCUGAUCUAUUCUCAUUUAGGCCAUUAGGUUGAAUAAAUCAUAGUUAAUCGC